CUUUGAGGUGAAGGCUGUACAAUCCGACGUUGACACAACUCGCGGAUCGAAUCAAUACAGUCUUUUACUAUAUUUUCUACGACGAUUUAUAGUGAAAUUAUUGAAUGAAAAAGUGAUUACAUAUAACAAUUACCGCCGGUAUCAGUGGAAUUUUAUAUUUUCUACUGUGUUUUGCGAUUGGACACUCAUACCUUGACAACAGACGUAGAUCCUACAUUUAGAGAAACCAUACAAAAACCAUGAGGACUGUACAAAAUCAAAGUGACAAUACUAUUUACAAGGAUGUGAUUGUCAUUGGUAAUGGACCAAGUGGUAUAGCUAUGUCGCUAAUUCUGAGCGGAAAAUUGCCAUAUCUUACCACCGACGAACAUCCAGACGAGAUGCUCAGUGCCAGACUGAAGAAUGUCACUUCAUCGUGUCUGAUAUCGCAGGAUUUAGGACUUCUGGCUCAGGGAUUGGAGGGAAGGUCUAGUAAUCCUGUCUCGUUACUUAUGGACGCCCUGCUACAUCCCUAUGCCGAUUUGGGAUUGGAAAUGGAACCGUUGCUAGAAUUUAGACAGAUGGGAAAAGAGAUUGAUCACCUGGUGUUAGGUCGAGGCCCUCCCGGCGGUUCCUGGCACACCAUGGACCCCGAUAUCCUGACCCUUUCUCUCGGAAGUUGGAUGGCCUUGCCAGGUAUUCCUUUUCCCUCUUGCAUCACCAACGAGAAACGGGCGUUUGCCCGUGACGUGGCAGCCUAUUACGAGCGAUACGUGGAUGAAAUGGACCUGAACCGCUACUUCAAAACCAACACGGUAGUUACUGGCGUCAGAAGCCUCAUUAGUACGAAGCCUUCAAACGCUCCAACAUCUAGCGCUUUCUGGAACCUCGUGGAUAGAGUUAAGGUGCAUAUAGAGCCGGAAACCAGCAUGGCAACUAGCCCUUGUUUCCUAACUAACGCUUUAAAUUGUCUUCUCGUCCGUAGUAGCAACAGGAGGAACAGGCUUUGUAGGAGGUCGAAGAAUAUGCAUCAGGAUGCGUCGCUUAGAAAGUUGAACAACAAACCUGAGACCGUCAUCAUUCCCAAGCACGAGAAGAAGAGAUCGAGGUCUUGUUGUUGUUACCAAAGCGAAACAGGACCGAUUUCACGAAGCCCCGACUCAUUUGCCCCCCAGAACGUGCCUUUAUACAAUAAGUUCAAUUCCUGUGAUUCCCCUAGAGAGCCCCGAUGGAUCGUGAAGAGCCUUGAUGUGGAGACUGGUGAAACCACGACCUACAGCUGUAAAUACGUUGUCCUAGCUUGUGGAGCGAAUGACUCACCUAACAGGCUGGAGAUUUUCAAGGGUCGGACAGACCCAGAAUGCCUAGUGCACGAUUUGAGAAGUUUGGAGUCGAAAUUAGAUGAAGCACUGAAGGCGACGAAUAUUCUGGACCCGGUGCUGAUUGUAGGAGCUGGUUUGAGCGCCGCUGAUGCUGUAAUGGCUGUGCGACAAAGAAACGUGCCUGUUGUUCACGUUUUUAGAGGAAAAUCAGCGGAAUUCAACAAGCAGCUGCCUGAGAAUAUGUAUCCAGAGUAUCACAAGGUACACCAAAUGAUGAACGACGGUGGGUCCACUUACCCCCUUUACCAAGCUUUCCCCGAACACUCUCUGACCGACUUCGAACCAGGAUCCAACACUGUCAAACUUCUCUCUAAAACUGGUCAAGAGGUCAAGCUAAAUAUAUCCUUCGCCGCAGUGUUAAUUGGAUCGAAGCCUAACCUCUCCUUUAUGCAACCGGAAGAUUUGAAAUUGGGCAUUUUCAAAGAUAGAGAUAUAGACUCCAAGACCAACCCCAUCAAUAUCAAUUUGCUGACGUACGAAGUGGCCGGACACGAAGGGUUGUUUGCUAUUGGACCGUUGGUGGGCGAUAAUUUCGUUCGAUUUUUGACCGGUGGCGCAGUCGCUGUCGGAUCGGAAUUAUACAAAAAGAUGAACUUAAUUUAAGUCCUUAAUAAGUAAAAAAUAUGGUUUAGCAAUGGUUAACGUAAAAUUGCCCUUUUGCAGAAUUUAAUGGCCUCAGUCAAUCGGUACUAGUCCACAAAUUUUCGAUUUUUUUUUAAAUUCAAAUAAAUUUUAAGAUUAACUUGAGCUGAGCGUUGUAAUGUAGCGGUGUAGCGGUUUGUAACACAAUAAUACAAAUUCGGCGAACGUCCGCCAUUCCAGUCAUAUUUCUAGUAGACACAGUGGCCUUAAUUGUGGUUAAACGUGCUUCUUUUAAUUAUGGCUGUGUAAGAAAUAUAAUAAAUAGCUAAAAAGUUUGAAUAAACGUAGUACUUCUAAUUUUUAGAUCCGACAUUUUUUAAAGGUUGAAAAAAUACUGGAGCAAAGGGAGCCGAGGAGCAUUGAAAACGGAAUUUUCGCGUUUUGACUCCGAGCGAAACACUCGUCGCGAGCAGCGUAUAAGCGUUACAUUACAGCUCUCGGCAAUAGAGGGAGAUGGCCGAUUCUGCGCCAGGAGCAAGGAACAGGAAGUGACGUCAGACGUAAAUCAGCUACGAACAUGUAAAAUAGGCUAAUAAAUAACCAGGUUUAAACAGGAAAUGACCGCUUUUGAACUGCUGUGAACCGCUUUGUAGCUUAAAACAACAGACCUGUUCAUUUUUUGUUCAAACCCGUUUAUUGUUGUUUUAAAGCGGUUGUUUCCUGUUUAAACCUGUUUAUUCUUGUUUAUUAGCCUAUUUUACAUGUUUUUAGCUGAUUUACGUCUGACGUCACUUCCUGCUCCAUGCUCCUGGCGCAGAAUCGGUCAUCUCCCUCAACUCUCGGUUCAAGUCAGUCCACUUUUAGUUACAUUAAAACUUGAAAAUAGUAUAGCAAAUAUGGAUAAAAUGCUAUAAAUAUAGAUAUCUCUCGUUUUGACAUUUAACAUCGUUUUUGGCUCAAACUAAAA